AUGGCGGCCGUCAAUCGGAAUAUGUUUGAUGCCAGCAUCACGACGGAACGGCCGCAUGGUGCGUCACUGUUAGUUCUACCGUUGAAUGUGCUCGCUCUCAUUAUAGCUCAGCUCGACAAUACCGGCGACAUUGCCCGUCUGUGCCGAACAUGUCGGGUCCUCAAUUACAUGGCCCUCCCGCAGCUCUACAGACACAUCACCUUGACCUCCUACGACAAAAUUCGAUACCGCGGGGAUGAGCCGGAAGGAAUCGGCAGCGCCAGCCCUUUCUCGAUGGGUCUCAAUGCUGUCAUUACGAGACCCUACGCCUCGCUAGUGCGGUCGCUGACGCUGCGCGGAGACUGGCGGGAGGAUGAGCUGGAGGAACACGCACGGGUCGGCCGGGUGCCAGAUUCGUCUAUGAUGUUGAACAUCGCGGUGCGUGCAGCCGUCGAUCGGAUGACGGAGCUGGAGAGUUUCCGCUGGGAGCUGAGCACGAAGAUGCUCGAGACGGUGUACUUGGGGCUGGCGCAGCGGCCGAAGCUCACCUCGCUCACUGUGCGAUUUCCCUCGAGUCGGCAUCCGCGGCCGACGAUCGUUAUACCGCCGAUGCCUCACCUGCGCUCGUUAAAGAUCACGCAUAUCGAUCCGCUGUGCUAUCCCGAUGAUAUCUCGACGUUGUUGUGGAAGUGUAAGAAACUGCGAGAGCUGAAGAUGCACUGGUCGCCGCGGAUGCGCAUCGAGCAGGAGCCCAGCGUCAUGCUGCAUGAUUACUUCCGCAAGUGCAUUGCCGCUAAGCAGCCGUUGAAGGUCAAGAAGCUGGCGCUUCAGAAUCUAUAUGCCCGCCACAGCGAGGAGUUCAAAGUUGCGCUUGACCCGAGUGCGCUCGAAGAUAUGACGUUUCUCAGCGAAUGCGGAUCGGAGAGCGCCAAAUCACUGAAUACUUUUUUUGAUAGCAGCUGGCCGAAAGGGCCUCCCGGUCAGGUGAAUUUCAAGUCGCUCAGACAAGAUUCCACCUCGAGGAGACAUGCUGAGUUUUUCUCUUAUUUUACUGGCCUGGAGAAGCUGUAUUUCGUCAAUGCAUCGCGAGAUUCAUCGGGCAAUGUCAACUCGCCCCGGCGAUUGCUCCCGUCUUCGGCGCUCACGCCGCCGUCCGUGGAUCAUACCACCAAUAGUUCAACUCUGAGCGCCUCCACUGAUGAAACUCCUGUCGCGUCGCCGGGGUCGAAUACUGGUGUGCAGGCCAGCAUUCGUGAUAUCUAUCUGAAUAACAUAAUCAUGAACCACUGCGCAACGCUACGCCAUCUUCUGCUCCCCUCUCGCUGGCCACUCUCAGCAUCCACAAUAGCCCGUCUUGUUCAUGCCAGUCCGCAACUGGAGCAACUGGCUUUGGCAGCAGAGCUUUCCAGUAUGGAUACUUUGGGACUUGUACUCCCGUUCCUUCGCAAUCUGGUCGCUAUUCGCCUGCUAGUUCCGACUGGCCCAGGAUCAUCUUCGGCAGGAAGCGACCCAUCACGACGAGCGAAGACUGUUUCAGGGCACUCGUCGAAGUCUUCGUUGUCUACAUCACAGCUGUUGUCGUCGGCACAGACUCUCGCUGAUAUAGUCGAGAUGGACGAUCAGGUCCUUGCGGAAAAAUUCAGCGAGGCACUAGCCGAUCAGCAUCUAUUCCGCCAGCUGAAGAUCAUCGGCAUGGGCCGCAAAGCCUGGCAACUAGGGGAUUACUACACGGUCCCUGUAGACAAUGCAGCUCCUGACGGGGAGCCACAACCCACGACGCCCACAGUUGCCUCCUCCUCAGCCAGUCCAGUGGUCAACGGUCAACAGGACCGGAGCCUCACGGCCAGUGAUCGACCCUUUUCGCAGCCACAGGAUCCUCUCACGCCGGCACCUAACGGUACGCCCGUCACAGCCGAGCCUUCUCAAACCGGUCAACCAUGUUCUCUUCUAGGAAAACGUCCGCGGCAAGAUAGCUCACCGCCUGCACGGCCGGCGAAGAGCUGGGAAGCAAGGUUGGAUGAAUCGGACCCAUGCUUACAGACACAGAUCAGCAAGGAUGGACGGAUCUGGAGACGGCGGGUCCGACGCGUGGGGUGGGAGGUGUUGCAACACUGGGAGAUAUGGGCUCUGGAUUCUCAGGAUAUUUGA